AUGGGAAAGCUGGGCGAGCUGCUCUCCCACCCGGACGAGAUCAUCCCAAUGGCGGCAAUGUACCUGGCUGCCCGCCGCGCGGCAGUGCUGCCACAUGACCCGGACCUUGCAUUCUGCUACUCCAUGCUGAAUAAGGUGUCGCGGAGUUUCGCAAUCGUGAUCCAGCAAUUGCCGGAGCAGCUGCGGGACGCGGUGUGCGUUUUCUACCUGGUGCUGAGGGCGCUGGACACUGUGGAGGACGACAUGGCGAUUGACCAGGCCGAGAAGGUUCCCAUCCUGCUUUCCUUCCACGAGAAGACCUACGAGAAGGACUGGAGCAUGAAGUGUGGGCACGGGCACUAUGUGGAGCUCAUGGAGCAGUAUCCCGUCGUCUGCGCCGCUUUCCAGGGGCUGGAGCCCCAGUACCAGGAGGUCAUCACCGACAUCUGCCGGAGGAUGGGGGCUGGCAUGGCAGAGUUCAUCGUCAAGGAGGUGGAGACAGUCAAGGAUUACGACCUCUACUGCCACUAUGUCGCCGGGCUGGUGGGCGUCGGUCUGUCCAACCUCUUUGCCGGCUCAGGCCUGGAGAGCGAGGACUUUGCCUCGCUGCACGAGCUGUCCAACGGCAUGGGGCUGUUCCUGCAGAAGACCAACAUCAUCCGCGACUACCUGGAGGACAUCAUGGAGGAGCCGGCGCCCCGCAUGUUCUGGCCCAAGGAGAUCUGGGGCAAGCAUGGCGACAGCCUGGAGGACUUCAAAGAUCCGGAGAAUGCCGAGGCGGCGGUCGCAUGCCUGAACGACAUGAUCGCGGAUGCCCUCCGCCAUGUGGAUGCCUCCCUGGAUUACAUGCAGCGCCUGAGGAACCGGCCCAUCUUCCGCUUCUGCGCCGUGCCCCAGAUCAUGGCCAUCGGGACGCUGGCCGCCUGCUUCGACAACCCGAGCGUGUUCACUGGGGUGGUGAAGAUGCGGCGCGGCCAGACGGCAAAGAUCAUGCACGACGUGGAGGAUUAUGCGGACCUGCUGGCCUACUUCCGGGCCUUUGGGCAGGCGCUGGCCGCCAAGGCGCGCGCCGCGCGCGGCAAAGGCGCGGAGAGCGUGGGCCGCGCCGCCGAGCGCGUGGUGGCCGGCUGCUCGGCCGCGCUUGCCGACCUGUCGCGGGCCGAGAACGCGCGGAUGGCCGCCGCCGCGCGGCGGCCGCUGUCCCUCCCCGCGCGCGCGCUGCUCCUGGUCGCCGCCCUCCUCUACCUCUUCCUGGCCUGGCGGGCGGAGGGCGUGCGACGCUGGCUGGGGGUGGACUCCCCCCCCGCAGCGCACAAGCUGGACUACUACAACCAGAUCGUGGCCUCCAUGUUCCUGGGCUACUCCCUCUUUGCCGUGGGCACGGGGCGGCGGCCGUGA